AUGGCCUAUGCCACGCACUGUGACGUCGCGGCCCUCGCUGCUUAUAUUCGGGCGCCCAGCCUCUCCCAGCCGGCUCGUGCCUUCACUCCAGCUGAGCAUUUCGGCGAGGCUUGGAGUGUGGAGCAAGCCUUUGGCUCGGUGCUGGGCUUGUGCCCUGGCAACUGGUGGCUGCAGGUCUCAGCGCCCAUCCCCGGAGCCACUGCAGGUUCUUCCCUGGCCCUGCCUGCUUCAGGCAGCCGGGGCACCCAGGAGGCGCGCUCGCCGCAGCAGAGCGGGACACCCGCCGCUGCAGCGUCGGAGAGGAGGAGUCGGCCAUCCCCACCAGCUCUCCCCAGCCCACCGCAGCGCGUGCUGAGCAUGGCCACGGCCUCGGAGGACCGCUGCCCGAUAUGCCUUGACACCUGGGACAACGCAGCCUGUACCAUGCCGUGCCUCCACCGCUUCUGUUUCAACUGUAUCCGGCGGUGGGCAGAGACCAAGCCCGAGUGCCCCCUCUGCAAGAGGAGGGUGACUUCCAUCCGGCACUCGCUGCGGGGGGACGAAUUUGAAGAGUUCCCCAUAAGACCACCUGCGGCAUCGUUGGGCAGCGCCCAAGAGGAGGGCGCUUACGGACUGCCAGCGCCAAGAGCAUCCAGGGAACACCAACCAUGGAAUCCGGAUCCAGGGUUCGUGGGCGGCCUUUCCCCCUGGACCUGGGGGAGCCUCUUCCGGAACCACCCAGAUCUCUUCCAGCUCCUGCGGCCCUGGCUGCGUCAGGAGCUGGGGCGCAUCUUUGGGGAAGAGCGUUCUGAGGCUCUCAUGCUGGAACACAUGAUCCAGAAUGUCCUGCCCGUCAUGGGCCUGCAUGAAGACGACCUGGUCGAGGCGCUGCAGGCCGACCUCGGAAGCCGCACGACAGCGUUCGUGCAAGGACUCAUUCGGUAUGCCGUGGAACGGUGCAGGAGGGCAGCCUACCACCUCCUGGUCCACGACGGCAUCCGUGCUGCCAGGCAGGCAGAGGACAACCCCGGGGGCGUCAUCUGCUUCGCAGUCUUCAUGAGGUGGCGGGAGGGCAGCCGUGUGGCCGGCACAAGCUGGACUGCCUCCCAAGAGAGACGGGAGGGCAACCUCAUGGCCAGAACCACCACCACUGGCUUCCAAGAGAGAGGAGAGAGCCGCCUUGUGACCAGCACCACCUGGUUUGACUGCCGAGGGGGACGGGACCGCAGCCCCUUGGCCAGCACCAGCUCCGCUGCCUCCCGAGGGGGACAGGAGCUCAGCCCCGCUGCCUCCCGAGGGGGACAGGAGCUCAGCCCCGUGGCCAGCACCAGCCCCGCUGCCUCCCGAGGGGGCACGGCCGACGAGAGCAACAGCAGUGGGCGGAGGAGCUCUUCCAGCAGAGAGUGUUUGAAGAGGAGCCCGCGGAGCCCGAAAGCGGAGGGCUCCGAUUCGGUGACAUCUCAGUCCUCACCCAGUGAAGAGGCUGGAAUGAUGACUGAGGUGAAGGUGAAAACAGAGGUACCAGAUGACUAUAUCGAAGAGGUGAUCUGGCAGGAUGACACCAAAGAUUCCAAGAAGAACAUAAAGGAUGGGCCGGGAGAUGUGCCUGCGGAGAUCUGCGUGGUCAUAGGUGGGGUCCGCAACCAGCAGACGCUCGAUGGAAAAGCAGUGGAACGUGGCUCUCCCGUUGGAUAUACACGAAAUCGAUAUUCAGGGACCUGGAUUUUUGACCAUGCAUUGAGAUACAUGUCCGGGUCUUACGAGUGUGGAAUAUGUGGGAAGAAAUACAAGUAUUACAACUGUUUCCAGACCCACGUGCGAGCGCAUAGAGGUAUCUCACUCCUGCUCAAAUCUUUGGGAAUCCUGGGGUAA